GGAGGCCAUCACAGGCCACCGCAACAAUCAUUCCAGUAGCACCGACCGAUCGAGCAACCUCCCAAUCAGCCAAGGGGCAUGCAGCAGCGCUCGGUGUGCUACUUGCGCGACAUGGCCGGCAGCAGGAAGGCGCUGGCGCUGACGGUCCUCCUCGUCGUCGCCCUCGCGGCGACGGCGCAGGCGGUGUGCGACAUGGACAACGACGACUUCAUGGCGUGCCAGCCGGCGGCGGCGGCGACGACGGACCCGCAGCCGGCGCCGUCGGAGGCGUGCUGCGCGACGCUGGGGAAGGCGGACCUGCGCUGCCUCUGCUCCUACAAGAACUCGCCCUGGCUCAGCCUCUACAACAUCGACCCCAAGCGCGCCAUGGAGCUGCCGGCCAAGUGCGGCCUCACCACGCCGCCCGACUGCUAGAUCCACCCACCCUCCCAACAUCUGUCCUCCUCGUGUCCCGGCCCCGGGGUGGGUUGAUGAUGCAUGCGGUGCAAAUGGCAAGAGCCCGGAGGUAUAGUAUACAUGUACUGAGCCGUAUAUACAUGUGCUCAUCUUGUCGUACGUACUACGUAUCUGUCGGUGUGUGAAAGUGUGUGCUGCCACGCAUGUCCCCUCUUGGCAGUGACUGUGUCCGUGUGUAACAUUACCACUACUUCAAAUGUGUGCACUUUAGUACAUGUGUAUGUGGUUUCUGUAAACAAUCUACUUCGGGGUUAAUUAACCCACCGACAGAACUCCAGCUAUCUUAUCGCUCA